GAAGCAACUCUCCUUUCUGGAGGUGUUGUGCAAAGCCACCGCUUGACGCAGUCUACCUCUCUCUCUCUCGCACACUCGCGCACGCGCUCGCACGUGGUCAGCGCGUGGCUUUGGUGGCGCGUGGGUCCAGCGCAGUGGCCGGAUAUCACGCAAUGCGGCGGUCUACAACUGUCGUCUGCGGCUUUCCAGGAAGCUGACCUUUUCUUUGAGCAGGUCAUUUCAAAAAAAAAAAAAUUCGGUUUGUUUCACUUUCGACGAUUUUCAACCCUGACAUUAGAGAGUUGUCGAUGUUAGGAAAUGAAGACAUAACCAGAAGUUCUUCUUGGACUGUGUCGUGGCGGCUGGAAACCUCUGAUUCUGUCCAUCUUCAUGACUUGAGGUAGGAACUGCAAACUGACAGACUUCUAGUGGAAGUGAGUGAACAUGUUGAGCAUGUCUACACAUACCUUCGCCUUAUCUUACUUUUUCUAGAAUUUUGUAAAAAAAAAAAAAAAAAUCUGCGCUGUUUGGUGAAUCCUGGCAAAGUUUCCGCUGGCUGAGAUAAAGAUCCUGGUAACUCAAGCGCGCGAUGCUCAGCUGUCGAUGUGAGAGUGAACUCGGCAGAGGUCAAAGGGUUAUCUGAGGUCACGCACCGUGCAUGAAGAACUCGCUGCUCGCCUGAUACUAGUUCAUCCUUUUCAACAGAGAGAGCAGUUUAUAAUCGCUUGAGAUCUCUCUGACUGUUAGGCAAAGAGACAAAGUAAAACAGUAAAAAAAAAGUAAAGAAACGUGGAACAAAAACAAGAUGCAGCAGUCGAUGUUGAAGAAAACACCUCACACGUGAUCUAUUGUCUCUAGUGGUGAAAACGGUUUUUACUGUCGAUCAGAUCUCGUUGCCAGACACACCAUCCCAACAUGGCAACGACAACAACGUGCAAGAGGAGAUCAUCCUAGAGCCGUCGCCGGAAGUGUUCCUGGCGCAUGCGCGUCUCUCGGAGAUAUCGUUGGACGGCGACAGGGGACAGCAGCAUGGGCUGCUGCCAGGGCAAGAGACUCUUUUGCCCAUUUCACGAAAAGAAAUGUCACGAGUCGACGAGGAAGGUUUACCUGCCGGCCUCCAGUGCCGACUACACGUCCUCCUCCUGUCCGGCGCCGCGCUUCUGUCCGGAGAACCGACCUGACUUCACGGAGGAGCAGAAGCGCAUCGUGGUCGAGUCCUGGAAAAUCAUCCAGCAAGACAUUGCUAAGGUCGGAGUCGUCAUGUUUGUAGGCUUAUUCGAGACCCAUCCGGAUGUGCAGGACAUAUUCAUCCCCUUUAAGGGCAAGAAACUCGAGGAUCUCUGGACGAGCACUGACCUCAAGUCGCACGUGCUGCGGGUGAUGGGCACGGUGGAGAAGUGUCUCGCGCGGAUACACGAACCUGCCAAGAUGGAGAGCAUACUGCACGAGCUUGGCGUGAAACACCUCCUCCUCAACAUCAGAGUGGAAUAUCUUGAUCUGAUAGGCCCGCAGUUCAUCAAAGCAGUCCGACCUGCCAUGGGUGACCUAUGGACGCCGGAAGUAGAAAGUGCUUGGGCCAACCUCUUCCGUCUCAUAACACACAUAAUGAAGGAAGCAAUGGUCCUCUGAUGACUGUCAAGCGACAUCACAGAACAAGAGGAGUGGAGAGUGUGGCUGGGGAUGCGUGUUGUAACAGACGUUAUGGAGUGUGAGAUGGGGUGGGUGGGUUGUCAGUUGACUCUAAUCACCAUUAUGUAGCCUUCGUCACCUCCGAGGGGUAAAACACCAACCAACCGACCGACAUGAUUACUUUAAAGUGAUCGAGGUGUUGUGUGGUAUUCUGAACAUCACAUACAGUCCAAGCUUGUUUUGCGAUCCCUGGCGGAGGGAGAAAGAAAGGACCUACCUGUAUCGCAGAGGCUUGUAAAUAAUUUAAGAUUUUGUCUGCAUGUCGAAGGAUGGCCGGGAAUUCGCAAUCAGUCCAACUGCUUCGGCAUCAAAAGUUCGCGUGAUCUGCACAUGCCUGAGGGGUGACCCAGUGACGUCAAAAGGUCACUGUUUCGUAUUUCAGCUCUUUCAUACGUCUAUAUUACGUUUUAUGUACGUUAGUUUUGCUGAUAUUUCAGAAUCAGUAAGUCUGUCACGAGUUUGUUUUGUUUUUUUGUCAUUUGCACUUCUUUGAGAAUGCUCUGGGCUGUGCUCUGAGCUAACAUAAUACAUAAUUUUUAAACUAAUUAAAUUUCUUUUUUUUACUAAUAAAUUUUGCAUUUUGUUUGACAUUUGUUUUGAUGUUUACAAAUUAUCUACUGUGAACACCUAACGGUAAGAAAACAACAGACACAAACAAAGGAGAGUUUACACAUGUGUCUUAUGUGUCAAAGGACACUGGAAAAUAUUUUUCAGAUCAGAAAAAAAAGUGAUUUCGACUCACUCAUAGUUGGACCCGAGAAAGUUUUCAGAACAUGGAGACGCAGUGUUUUGACAAUAUGUCGGGUUCCCCUCAGUUACGCCUCGUCAUUCACGUGACGAACGCAUCCCGUCAUGCAUUAGCUGUUGCUGGUCAGCCAAUGACGUUUGAUGACAUGAGUAGAGCUCGCGCGUCAUAGCUUCACGUGACAAGGCACUUAGGAAGGUUUGCUGUGGAGUGGAGGAGGAAGGCAGCCCUGCUGAUUUCAAGUCGUUCAAGCUGUCGACCCCCACUUACAAUCAAGUGACCCCAUAAAGGUUUUGACAAAAUAUCCGCGACACGUGACGAGCGGCACUAAGCUUGGAAAAACGAUUUCUUUCUAAGGUAAUAAAAGAAAAGAAGGGUCGUCCUAACCGUGGCUCUGAAGGAGGGAAAAUGGGAACUAGAAGUCCAUUGCAAACAUUUACAAAUUAAUCAGGGGCACAAAUAACCAACAUGGCUUAAUUAGAAUUGUUUCAUAUCCCUAGUGCUUAGGGUCAGUCUGUCAAACAUUUUCAUAGGGUUAACCCUGAUUUACAAGGUAAGAACUUGCAAUAAUAGCCUAGUCGUUACUUGGUACAAUAGUCAUUUAUUUCUUCUGUCAUUUUGUCCCAUGCGCUGAUGCAGUAGUCACGGAUUUCUUUGUCAUCUGUGUGCCAGGCACCGGGGUGAUAGUCAUUAAUGUCUUUGUCACCUGUCACAGCUGGUGCAAAGCACGUUUAACUGUCCACUUCUCCAUGUAGUUCUCCGUGUAACUUAUUAUCACCGGUACACACCACUCUAUAUGUUGUCACACGCCUUUGCGCCAUGUAUCUUUUCUAAACACAGACAAAAGAAAGGAGGGAGGCCUCAAAAUGGAGGUAAGAAGGAGUACAUAAAAGCUUUUUUUAGACGGUGUGAUAUAGCAAGAAAGUAUUAAACACCUUCACAGUUAAGAAUUUCAGGCUAGGCUGGAAUGGCUGAGUGCCAAACAUGUUAUCUCAGCAAUAAACGGAGUAUAAAAACAAGAAACCAAGUUUUGCGACAGUCUACAGCUAAGUGGAAAAAGUUCUUUCGAUAAAGUUUAUAGCUUAACACCUAACAAAGAUAUGGUCGAUGCUCGAUAUCAUUUUUAAAUCAUUUUGCAGGUGUUCACUGAAGGUAAUACAUGAACAUUUUCUUAAAGUACCUCGCUUGUGAAGUUUGCAAUACAUAACAGCCUGUACAGCCAACACAUUGCACAUCACAAGCGUGUGUUUACCGUGAAUACGGGACUGAAUGAAUGAAAGGAGGAAUGAAUAACUGAAUGCAGUAUACAGUAUGCAGUGUACAGUAUUUGCCUAUUUGUUUAAUAACUUUUGUGCCUAUAUUGAUGUGUAUUUUCGCUUAUGUCCGAGCCUGAUCGUAUGCAUGUGUGUGCAUGUGUGUGCGUACGUGCGUUCGUGCGUGUUUGCUGGAGUGCGUGCAUAGCGAAUGUGUGCGCGAUUGAGCGUGUGUUUAUGAUUGUCGUGCGUGGUGGAUAAUUAUACAAGUGUUAGUAAUCUUCACUUGUCUACAAAAUUGUUUCUGGUUGAAAUAAACUUCUCUCGCCAUCA